UAUUGAUCAAAGUUUGUGUACAUGUUUUUAAUCUAGUACUGUCAUUUUAACAAAAAAAAAAAAACUAACAAUUAUAUUUAAAAUUAUAAAUACAUACUGGCAUUAUUUUUGAAUGACAUCAUCACGCAGAAGCAAAGUACCACAAAGUACCAUGGAGCAUGUUGAAGCUGCUGUAUACAUUGAGAUUGAGGGCAUAGAACGUGGACCAAGUGUCAAGCUGAUUUUUCAUAACACAAAAGGGACAAAACUAGGCUGAAAUAAUUAACACAUUUUUUUAAAAUUUCUUUAAAAUCAUAAAAAUAUUAUUUAACAUAAACAAAACAAUCAUAAAAGUGUAUUAAUAUAAAACUAAAUUUAAUAUUUUACCAAGUGUUAAAAUAAUUGACCUAAGAAAAACAAAUUCACGAGAAGAAAAUUUGAUAUUAAUAUUAAUUUAUAACAGUGAUAUUUAAAAAAUGAAUCUUUUUAAUUUGUGAAUUAGCAAUUGCAAUAUAUAUUUAUGAAGAUGAUAUAUAAAUUAUAUAUGAGUGUAUACAUUACAGUAUAAAUACAAAAGGUGUUGGAUGAUAAGCGCGCGCGCACAUUGACUUGAUCACACUUUAGGGGUGGUCGUUACUCAUUAUUGCUCAUAUAUUGGAUGAAACUCUCUCGGGGUCAGUGAGACACUUGUCAAAAGCAAAUAAUAAAUAAUGUUGUGGUAUGAGUGUGCCAAAAAAUAUAUUUUUUUUAAAAUUCAUAAGUUAUAUUAGCUAAAUUAAUUAUAAAUUAUAAAAAUGACUUAUUUUCAUGCAAUUGAUAUUAAUUAUUUAAUUUAUUAUUUUUUAUUAUAAAAAAAGGGAUUAAAAAUAUAUGAAAAAAAAAGGUUAUAAUAAAAUUAAAAAAGAAAAUAAGAAGAUUUUUUUUUUUGAGGGUGAUUGGUGCUGGUAUUUGUGAAAAUGUGGUUACUGCAGUAUUGCAUCAAUGACAGUGCUUUGAUGCAAUUUUUCAAGAUGAAGAUGAUGAUGAUGAUCUUGUAGAAUUAUGUAUUAUUGAAAAAAAAUUUAUUAAAGAUCUUUAUAAGCUGAGAAAAUGGUUGACCUGGGCGGAUACAUAAUCAUUCUUAUGAAUGAAAAUGGCAAGAUCAAACUUUAUGGAUCAUCAGCAGACAGUGCUGAUUACCCGGAAGUUGGAGAUGAAAUACUGGAAGUUAAUGGUCAAACAUUGGAGAAUGCAACUGACCUGGAAGUCAGUCAACACAUUCACCAGUGUAUUAAAUCAGGAACAAUUAGUCUCCAGGUGACACGUCGUACUGGCAACAAAUUAAAAUUGGAUGGGCCAAAUGCUGAUAGAAUUCGAGAUGCCUGGGUGAUUGCCCUUGAAAGGGGCGCUAGAGAACGUCUCCAAAGACUUCCUGCUCUUAAAAAAAUUCAACCAAGAGAUAUACAAGCAAUACUACAUCAACAGAUAAAUGAAGGAUCAGCAUCAACAAGCACUGGUGAAACAACAGAAAAAGAUAUAACAAAUAGUCACAUAACUGUCACACUUGCUGAUGGACAAUCUGAAAACCGCAAUGCAACAAAUAAAUUAAGCAAUGGUACAGUGCCAAAAAAUAUUACAAAUAACGAGACUGAUGAUAAAAAAGAAAUAUUAGAAAAACAAAAAAAUCAUCUUGAAGAACUUAAGCUAUUGCAACCAAUACAAAAUAAUUGUAUUACUGAACGUCGUUCAAGUAGUCCAUUUCAAAAUGGAAGAACUGAAGUUUUAAUUGGUGAAACAGAAGGUGGACCACGUUCACCAAGAGGCUCAACAUCAUCAGCAAUUAAUGAUGCAAAUUUAUUAAAUUUACCUGGUGAAACUGAUAAUCCAGAACCAAUUUGCAGGUCUCGUCGACGCAGUGGCAGUGGCGUAGCUGAUAUACAUUUGCAACAAUCACAAUUGAAUGAUAAUAAUAACGUUGUUACAAUUGAUAAUAACGAUAUUAAAAAUAUACGUGAUAAUCAAACUGGUCCCAAUGAAAUGUGGAGCCCGGGAAUGACCCCGGGUCACCAUCGGGAAUUACCGGUCGAUGUUCCCGACACUCUACUUCAACAGGCAUACGCUCACAAGGUAAUAAAAGACAAUACGUCCAAUUUACGUAAACAAAAACCACCGAGAAUACCACCACCACCACCACGUAUAAAUACAAAAUUAAUAACAACAACAACCACAACAUCAACAACAUCAACAAUCACAACAACAACAACAACAACAACUCCAUGUGACAGUGAUAUUAAUAAAAAAAAUCAUAUUAAUAAUAUUAACAACAAUACAACAACAAAAAUAACAUCAUCAAUGUCAAAUAUUAAUAAAAAACAAUUAUUUAAUGAUGACAAUGAUAAAUCAUAUAAUGACAAUGAUGAAACUGAUUAUAAAAUUGUUGAAUUAACACUUAUUAAUAAUGAUAAAAAUGGUAUUAUUAUUAAUAACAAUAAUAAUAACAGUAACAAUAAUAAUAACAACAAUAAAAAAUUAAAAAUUAAUAAAAAAAUUAUAAUUGAUGGUAAAGAAACAAGUGUUGAUAUUGAUAAUAAUAAUACUGAUUAUGAUUAUCCAUUUGCUAAAGAAGAUUAUCCAACAAUGUUAAAAACUUGUAGUGAUUCAUCAACAAGUACACGUAGUACAUCAUCUGGUCAUUCUGGUAGUACAGCUGCACUUGAUACAAGUUUAACAUUACAUUCUGAUAAAGAAGAUAAAGAUAAAGAAGAAUUAUUAUUAUUAUCAUCAACAAUAUCAACAACAACAACAGCAAUACCAUUAGCAACAACAGCAAUAGCAUCAAUCAUUACAGCUUCAUCUUCAUUAUCAUCAUCCUCAUCUUCCUCAUCAACAGCAUCAUCAUCUUCAUCAAAAUUAUAUGAUACAACAAGAAUUGAUCUUGGUUCACCUUGUCGUCCAAUUGGUAUAACAUCAACACAAACAGUAUAUAAUUUAUCAAAUAUUGGCAAUGAACGUGAUGAUAAAAAUUGUGUAUCAUAUGAUAAUCCAACAUAUGAAAUUGGUAUUAAUGAUUCAGAUGAAAAUAUAUUAAUACAAAAUGAUGAUAUAAAUGAUUUAUCAAAAUUAAUAAAAAAUAAUAAUAAUAUUAAAAAUAAAUCAAUAAAUAAAAAAAUGAUUAAAUCACCAAAAAAAAUUAUAAAUGAUGAUGUAUUAUUGAGUAUUGGUUCAGCAUCAACUGAAAAUUUAUUAACUGAUGAUAAUGAUAAUUUUACAACAACAACAACAGCAACAACAACGACAAUUGAUAGUAAUAAUAAAUUUAAAAAAAAAAUUAAUAAAAUUUCUAAUAAUAAACAAAUAUCAAGUGGUUAUUCAACAUUAAAAAGUCAAACUGAUUCAUCAUAUUUAGUAUUAAAUAGUAAUAAAAAAUAUCGUGAAGUUGCUGUUGAUGUACCAGCUGAUUUUAUACCAAUGGAAAAAUCACAUCCAACAUAUCCACCAAAUAAAAAAUUACAACAACAACAACAACAUAAUGAAGAUGAUAAACAUGAAGAAGAUUAUGAUGAUGAUGAUAGAAACAACACUGGGAUCAAGGUAAGGUCCAAUGAUGAUGAUGAUAAUAUGAAAACUAUUAUUAAAAAAAACGAUAACGAUUUAUUACAAAUGCACAGUUUUCAAAAUUCAAUAUCACCUAUUAUUCUAUCUAACAAAACUCAUUUAGUAUUUGAUAAUAAUAAUAAUAAUAAUAAUUCAAUUAAUCGUAGAAGAAAAAUGGUAUUUGGUUUACAAAAUAAUACUAAAAAUUAUAAUAUUAACGAUAGUAUUUAUGGUAAUGAUAUUGAUAAUUGUAUUGGUAAAUCAUUCAAAAGAAUUGACAGUUUUAAAUAUGAAAAAAAACAAAAUUAUCAUAAUUUAAAUUAUGAAAUUAAUGAUAAAACACCAUUACACAAUAGUCAAGAUGAUGAUGAUGAUGAUGAUCAUCAUUAUGAUAGCAUUGAAUUUAUUCAAUCAUCAUCUAAAAAAAUUAUUUAUCAUCCUAAUGAAUGUACAGAUAAUGCUGAGAAUAAUUUUCUCUCAGUUAUUUAUAGACACUCAAUGAAUCAACAUGAUGAAAAUCAUAAAAAAAAUAUAAUUAAAUAUAAUAAUAUUGAUCAAUUUAGUAGCACAACAAUUAAACAACAAGUGAGCUUUAACAAGCAUCAUAAUAAUUGCCAGACUGGUGAUGUUAUCAAUGACGAACAAAAUGAUGAAAUUAAGGCAGGUGUUCAUAAUGGUGUUAAACCAGCAAUACCACCAAGAGAUCAAAAACGUGCACCAGCACGUCCACCAAAAGAUAAUUUACGUUUAUCAAAUAGAAAUAGCAAUAUUGACAACAAUGAAACAACAACAAACGAUGCUAUUCAACAACCACAACCAACACCUCAACAGCUUCAUUCUAUCAAAAAAUAUCAGGCACAAUUACGACAACGAAAAGAUCAUGAAGAAAGACAAGAGUAUCUUAAUCAGUCCUUGCGAGGUUCAAGAAAACUUCAUGCCCUUGAAAGUCAUACAACGAGUCUCAGUGGUAUGGAAAAUUAUGCAUAUACACAAGAUGAGGUGACAACAUCAACAACACCAUCACUUUCAACUGUACAAAAAAGUCAAUCAUCAUCAACAAAAACAACUGAUGAAACAUCUAAAAUUUUAACUUAUGGUGAGGUCAUUGUGAUACUUGAAAGGCUACAAAUGCAAUUAACAACAUUAUCUGGAGCAUUGGGAAUUGCUGGACCAGGUGUUGAGGCUGAGCUUGAAGCUGUUAGAACAUUAUUAGUACAAAAAAAAUUUGCAACAGCUCUUGCAACUCAUCAUGCAUUAAAAUCAAAACUACGAAGUGGUAAAUUAGCUAAACAUUAUGCUGAUGAUGCAACAAAUUUAUCUCGUGAUUGUGUCGAGGUACUUGAAGAAUGGCAAUCAUCAAAUGCAAAAUCAAAUGAUAAUAUUGCAAUUAUUGAAGAACUCACUGGUUUAUUAACAAGCUAUGAAGUUGAAGGUCUUUUACUUGCUCAUGAUUCAGUAAUAUCAUAUAUUGAUGGUGUUGAACGUAAACAAUAUCCAUCAUCAACAUCACCAAGUCAAUCACCAAGUCCAACAUCAAGUUCUCAUGAUUUUCGUAAUACUGAAAAUAUAAAAAUAAUUAGAAUUGAAAAAACAAAUGAACCACUUGGUGCAACUGUUAGAAAUGAAGGUGAUGCUGUUAUUAUUGGUAGAAUUGUUAGAGGUGGUGCUGCUGAUAAAUCUGGAUUAUUUAAUGAAGGUGAUGAAGUACUUGAAGUUAAUGGUGUUGAAAUGAGAGGUAAAAGUGUCAAUGAAGUUUGUGACAUACUUGCUGGUAUGCAAGGUAGUUUGACAUUUUUAGUACUUCCAGUUUCUAAUAAUCAUAGAAAUAAUAUUACAAAUAAUACUAGAAGAGAUGACAAUACUUUGAUACAUCAUGUUAGGGCAUAUUUUGAUUAUGAUCCUGAAGAUGAUCCAUAUAUUCCAUGUCGAGAGCUAGGUGUUGGUUUUCAAAAAGGUGAUGUACUUCAUGUUAUAUCACAAGAAGACUCAAAUUGGUGGCAGGCAUAUCGUGAAGGCGAAGAAGAUCAAACACUUGCUGGACUUAUUCCAAGUCGUGCAUUUCAACAUCAACGUGAAAAAAUGAAACAAACAAUAACUGGUGAUAAAAAUACAUUGAGAGGUGGAAAAAAAUCAAAUACACUACUUUGUACGAGAAAAAAUCAAAAGAAAAAAAAGAAAAGAACUAAAUUUGGUGGUAAUGUUAAUGAAGAUGGUUAUCCACUUUAUUCAACAACAUCAAUUGAUGAUUAUGACAGUGAAGAAGUAUUAACUUAUGAAGAAGUUGCAUUAUAUUAUCCACGUGCAAGUCAUAAAAGGCCAGUUGUACUUAUUGGGCCACCAAAUAUUGGUAGACACGAAUUACGACAACGUUUAAUGCAAGACAGUGAAAGAUUUGCAGCUGCCAUACCUCAUACUAGUCGACCAAGAAAAGGUUCUGAAGUUGAUGGUCAAGAUUAUCAUUUUAUAUCUCGUUCACAAUUUGAAUCAGACAUAUUGUGUCGUAAAUUUGUUGAACAUGGAGAAUAUGAAAAAUCAUUUUAUGGUACAUCUGUUGAGGCAAUACGUAGUGUUGUUAAUUCUGGUAAAAUAUGUGUAUUAAAUCUUCAUCCUCAAAGUCUUAAAAUAUUACGUAAUUCAGAUUUAAAACCAUAUGUUGUAUUUGUUGCACCACCAAAUCCAGAGAAAUUACGUCAAAAACGUAUUAAAAAUAAUGAAAGUUUUAAAGAAGAAGAACUUAAAGAUAUUAUUGAAAAAGCACGUGAAAUGGAAGAUAAAUAUGGUCAUUUAUUUGAUAUGAUUAUUAUUAAUAAUGAUACUGAUCGUGCAUACAAUCAAUUACUUACUGAGAUAAAUUCACUUGAGCGUGAACCACAAUGGGUGCCUGCAACCUGGGUGCAGUGACCCAUUUCAUCAUAAUUAUUUAUUAUCGUUUAACUUUUCUCAAUUAUAAUACAAUUAAUAUUAUUAUAAUUAUCUUUUUAUCUAUUUUUGUUUAUUUAUCAUUAUAAAUAUUUAAAUUUUAAUAACAAAACAAGUUGCUUUUGAUUUUAUAACGUUAUAUUAUGAUAAAGCGAUUUGAGGUGCCUGAAUUUCAAAUCAAAGACGAAUUUUUAUUAAUAAUUAUUGACGAAAACAUGAAAAAAAAACAUUAAAUAAUACAAGUCAUAUGAAAAAAAAUUUGUUAAUGUAUGAUUGUGAUGAUAAUUUCAUCGUUUAAUGAACAAAUGAAUUAUUUAAAUAUUAUUUGUAAUUGUGUAUAGUGCUCAAACGAAAAAAAACAAAAAAAUACGAGUUGUAAUAGUAUAAAUAAAAUUGCCAAAAUUUUUAUUUGCUAUAUAUAAAAAAGAGAGAAAAAAAUAACAAAUUAAUUCAUUUAAAAUCACAAAUGAAAGAGUAGAGUGUAGAUAUCCAAUGAAAUUAUGACAUGUGCCAAUAAAAUGCACAAAUGCAUUUUUUUAUUAAAAAAAAAAAAAAACUUUUUAUUUAAAAAGAAACAUAUACGUACGUAUGUGUGUGAGUAUGUGUAUAAAAGUAUAUUUGUAUGUAUGUUUUAUUUGAAAUUUUGUUGAUUAAAAAAAAAAAAAAUAUUUUCAAAUUUUACGCAGGUACAUUGUAAAUAUCUGUACAAUUGUAGAAAAAAAAAAAAACAAGUAAAAAAGUUAAUAUUAAUGCAAAGCUAUUAAUAAUAAUUGCAUUGUGAAGAAAAAAAAAUAAAAUAAAUCUUUAAUUUAUCCUUAAAUAUAUACGAAAUAAAAUGGUAUCAAUAAAUGAAAAAAUAAAAAAAGAAAUUUAUGAAAGAAAAAAAUAUAUAUAAUAUAAAUAUAACUGGCUAUCAAGACUCAAUAUUAAAAUUUCAUUUUCAUCCUGAUAAAAAUAAAAAAAAAUAAAAAUCAUCCAUUGUUGUACAUGCUGUUGUUGUUGCUCUUGUUGUUGAUGUUGUUAUUAUUAAUGUUGAUGUUGUUGUAACUUUGACCUAGUAUGCCGUUGCCAAUCAGAUUUAAAAAAAAAAAAAACAAAAUAAUAUUAAAUAUCUAAUUAUAAAUCUUCUCACAAACGAAAAAUAAGAUAAAUGAAACAUAAAUUUUUCACGACAGUCUUAUUACACAUAUUGUUUAUUUUUCUUCAAUUAAAUAAUAUUAUUUAUUUAAUAAAUUGUUGGUAUUUUUUUCAAAUUAAAUAUAAGCUAUCAAAUACUGUUCAUUAAAAUAACAUCGAUGAUAUCAUAUGCAUGCAUAAAAAUCGAUAAUUAUAAACAACAACAAAAACAAAAUAAUAAUAAUAAUAAAAAGACAUUCAAGUUAUAAGUGUACAAGAAAAUUCGAGUGUAAAUGGUUAAAGUAAUAGAUAAAUAAAUUUAAAAAACUGAAAAAUUCUAAAUACGAAUCGUAAAAAAACAUUUUGUGACAAAAAAAAAACAAAAUAUAUAUAAUUAUAUAAAUUAAUAUAAAUGGAAAAACUAAAAUAUGAGAAAGAAGAGAUUAAAAAAAUUGAAUUGUAUAUUAGUUGAUUAUUAAUAAUAGAUAUAAUAGGUAUCAAUUUCAAUGGAUAAUGAGGUGAUACAGAUGAAAAUAAUAAAAAGGCAGCUAUUUAAUAAACUGAAUUAGAAAUUGAUAUAAAAAAUUGAAAUGGCUCUUAAAUAUUAAAAUAGUAAAUAUAUAAAAAAAAAUUAUUAUCAACAAAUGAGCAGGAAAUUGUUGAGAGGAAAUUGUGAAUCAAAAGAAAAAAAAAAAGAUAAUAUUGAGAAAAAUAGGAUGGCUUCCAAUCGUGGUCAUUGAAAAAUUACAACCCAAUGUGCCAAAAAUCAAACAAUCUAUUUCCUCAAUAAAUAAAGAAUAUAAUGAUGAUUGAAAACAAAAAAAAAAAAUAAUUCAUAUUGUCGAAAAAAAAUUAUA